UGAAUUUCAAUAAUUGAAUAUGCCAAUUUUUGUUGCUUAACAUUGCAACACACAAGAGGUUUCUAUUAAGUUGUGCUCUAACUGAAAAAAAAAUAACCGCACACAAAAGGGAGGAAAAAAAGUUUUUGGAAUUAUGUUGUGAAUUACACCGGAGUGCAUUUUGUGAACACAUGCUUGUGCGGUCGGUUGUAAGAAUCGGGGCUGGUGAGAGGGACAGUGGAAUUCUGGGAUUGUACCAAGCGAUGUCGGACUCCGAACAGGAAGGAGGAUGUGUGAAGAAAUCGCGAUUGUCCAGUUAUAGUGACGGGGAAGUCAGUGUAAGAACAAUGAAUGGCCAGGUCCAAAAAUCAGAGCCCGACCCAGAUGCCAUCAAAAUGUUUGUUGGUCAAAUUCCAAGGUCGAUGGAUGAAAAUGAUCUCCGCAAAAUGUUUGAAGAGUUUGGUGCAGUGUAUCAGCUAAACGUUCUCCGUGACAAAGCCACAGGACAAAGUAAAGGUUGCUGUUUUGUCACAUUUUACACAAGGAAAGCAGCACUAGAUGCACAGAAUGCAUUACACAAUAUCAAAACAAUGAGUGGGAUGCACCAUCCCAUUCAGAUGAAACCAGCAGACAGUGAGAAAAGGAAUGAGGAAAGGAAAUUAUUUGUCGGGAUGAUUUCCAAGAAGUGCUCGGAGAGUGAUGUUAAAAUGAUGUUUGCUCCGUUUGGUUCAAUAGAGGACUGCACGAUAUUGAGGGAUCAGAACGGACAGAGUCGAGGAUGUGCUUUUGUAACGUAUGCCAAUAGACAGUCUGCUCUGAAUGCCAUAAAGAACAUGCAUCACUCACAGACCAUGGAGGGGUGUUCAUCACCUAUUGUUGUGAAGUUUGCAGAUACACAGAAAGAAAAGGAAGCGAAAAAAAUACAACAAAUAAAUCAAAAUCUCUGGAACAUAUCAGCAGGGGGUGUGGCUGGCUUCUCCCCCCAAUAUAUCACUUUGUUACAACAGGCAGCAAUGGCUGGAAAUCUGGGACUCCUCAACACAGGAAAUCUAGCGUCGCCCACCGGCGGUACUAAUCCCCUCGCUGUUCAGCAGUUACUGUUGGCAGCAGCGAAUGCGGCAGCAUCCGGGAAUAAUACAGGGCUUCUAGCGGCCCUUGCCGCACUCCAAACCAACAACAGCGGGGGGAAUAUGUCAUCUCCCUGUCAAACGCCAACCAGUGCUAGUAAUUCCGGUGGAUCAGGUGAACCAACAUUACCCCUCCAGAACCUACAAGGACUGGCCGCUCUCACCUCAGCCACAGGUAACCCAGCAGCAGGUGGUAUUGGUGCUUUGGGAAUGCAGAGCAUAGCAGCGUUAAAUCAAAUAGCGGGAGUGACGAAUUCCACCUCAGCAUCAGGAUCUGUCACGGGCACAUCCCCCACUAACUCUUUGAGCGGCCUGGCAAGUCUACAGACCCUUGGUAACAAUAAUUUUGCCUCGGUGUCCCCGGGGGUCACAUCUAAUGGACUAGGGGGUUCUUCGGCCCCCGCGGGGAUGGAUGCCCUUAGCCAGGCCUAUACUGGGAUCCAGCAAUACGCAGGGAGGUGUUGUUUCCCAAGGUCAGAAGGGAGGUGUUAUUGCCCUUUAUUAGGAGGGAGGUGUUAUUGGGCCCCAUUAGGACGUCGAUGCUUUUCAUCAUUCCCAAAUGCAUUCAACACUCAAGCAGCUCAACAGAUCCAACAGGCCCAGGCCAAUUCACCAGCGGGGAAACAGACAGAGGGUCCAGAUGGUGCUAACUUGUUUAUUUACCACCUCCCCCAGGAGUUCAGUGAUCAGGAUCUGAUGCAGACAUUCUUGCCUUUUGGAACCGUAAUAUCAGCCAAAGUCUUUAUAGAUAAACAGACAAACCUCAGUAAAUGUUUUGGGUUUGUGAGCUAUGACAAUGCUCUGUCGGCCCAGGCAGCCAUACAAGCAAUGAAUGGCUUUCAGAUUGGAAUGAAGCGACUUAAAGUUCAGCUGAAGCGACCUAAAAGUGACAGCAAACCUUACUAGAGGGACACACUGUGAUUUUGACGUCUGACUGUCUCCACGUGGCGUUCUCUUCAUGUUACCUUUUUGUCGCUCGUUGUGUGCCCGGAGCUUUGUGUCGGCAGGAGUUACUUCCCUUGGCCUCAACCACAGGGACUGUUCAUUAUUUUGUAUAUUUCCUGGUGUGGCCUGUUAGAAACAGGAAGCUAUAAUUUUUUUUUAAUCUCUUUUUUUUUUUAAUUUUGUUUUUGUUGACUCAAAUAGUAAUGUGCUUCAUUUUAAUCAGGAUUGUAUACCAAAGAUACAUUUAUUUUUUGUAUGUAAUCAAAAAGAAAAGCUGAUAAUUUUGUUUCCAUGACAAUAUUGUACAUAGUCGGGCUGGGUAUGUGGUGCCAGCUUUUAGUGCUAUAUUUAGGUAAGUUGUUAGUGUGUAUUGCCGCGCAUUGUAAAUGCUAGGACAAGAUAUGCCUCAAUUAUCAGCUGAUGUAUGCCCUCCGCUAGUCAAAUCAUGAUACUCCAUGCUACCGCUACUACAAACCAACCUACUUACCCCUCCCCCUUCUAUUCCCCAAAACAAAGUGCUCUGAGGAUGUCAGAAAGCAUGGUAAAAAAAAAAAAACAAACAAACAAACAAACAUUUUAGGUAAUAUUUAUGCUCCCUGGCUCAUCAUGGGUUGAUUUGCAAAGUUAAAAAAAUAUUGAAAAUAAAACAUUGUAGUCAUCAAACAUUGAAAAUAUCUGGUACUCUUAGGAAAUAUGCACAUUUUUAAUUUUUUCCUUUUCUUUCUUUUUUUUUUUUUUGGGGAGGGGGGGGGGGGGGGGGAGAGAAGAGAGGGUGCUGAAAUUGAUCUUCUCAAAAAUAUUGAUGAAAUUUGUCCACAUGGUUGGUUUGAAGUACAGAGUAAGCAAAAAAAAAAAAAAACAAUUAUGUAUUAUUUUUUGUUGCCUCUCUCUAAAUUUCAUUUUUAUUAGAAGCAGUUUUGUCUUGUUGCAGCUCAAUAAGUACAUAAUAGAAUUUUUGAAUCAAGAUCAACUUGGCACAGUGUAGUAUUUACUCAUAUGAAUAUAUUUAUGUUUCAAGGUCAUUCCUAGAAAAAUGUCCCCAGCUCAAUAAAUAUGAUUAAGCUAUAUAAAAUAAUACCCAGAAUUCUUACUAAAGCUGUUAAUUAAUCAAUUUUCAAUUUGGAAGCCAACAGCACCCUUUGUUUUAGGAGAGUAAUUUUUCUGGGAGUGACCUGUAUCAGCCUCGGUUACAUAACCUUUGUGCACUUAGGUUAGUAACCUUAUAUUUCUCUGGUCUUGUGACCUAUUUGUACUAGGGUAUUAGCUCCUUGAGGAGCGUUUAUAGACCCCCUCUCAGGGCUUAGUCAAGUGUACAGUUUAGACUAGCGUCCCUGUGGUUGGGAUAUUUUAUAUGUAUGUAGCUUAUUACAUGUACGAGAAACAGAUUUUUAUGGUGAGGUUUUUUUAAAUACAGAAAGACAGCUAUAUAUUUUUUUUCUUUGUGGUCAGUGUUUUUGCAGUGUUUUCAGUUUUGUUUUCAAACAAUGUUAUUGUUAUGGUUUUGUUUGUGAAGGUUUCAAAAAUCAAAAGAUUGUUUAGGAACUUGUUAUUUUUACUAUAUAUUAUCUUGUUUGUUUUUAAUGGUUCACAAUGAGAUGUUUUUACUGUAUUGAGCACUAGCAGCAUUAGGGGGCACCUGUUGGUCCCCCUUGCAACAUUAGGGGGCACUGGUUGGUCCCCCUAGUUUUUGUUUGGGUUGUAUUGUUUCAUUGUCUGUACUCAGAACUCACAUUUUUAACUGAGUGAAAUUCUUUGUUUGGUGUUAACCCUAACUUACAGGCAGUGCUGUUACAAACAAAAUUCAUGUAUAGAUUUAUUUUUAUUUUCGUACAAAAUAGACAUCAACAAAAUCGCCUAUUAAGAGUCAGAUGCUUACUGUAUGCUGUCAGUUCUCAGCAAUAAUUCAUGUUUAGUAUGUGCCUUACUGCAAAUGUGGAACAGAUUUGUCUAAGGUGUCAAGUAUAUAUAUAUAGAGUUAUAUAUUUUUGGUUUAUCUUGUUAAAGAAAUACGCUCUAGAUGUUACCAUGGUAAUAUGGAAAUCAUCUUUUAUCAUUUAAAUGAGGUAAAUAAAGCCAUUAGGAAACCAGUUUAUUUGGGAACCAGUCAGAAUAUGAUGACCCUGGAACAGGGUUCAAAGUUCAGGGGUCACUAGAUCGUGUUCUCUGUAUUAACCCUCCUAAUGGCUGUUAACCUCGCUAAAACUCAGGAAUUCAUGUUAAGUGUUACAACUCCUUUGUAUACCUGUUCACAUUAAGCUAGUCAGAAAUAUUAAACUUUCACUAAAUAACAGAAAAAAAAAUCAAAAAUCACAUAGAGAGUUAGGAGAACAUAUUUAGAUAUUAUAUUCAUCAGAAAUCACCCUAGGACAUUAAAUAAUGUGGUAUUAAGUUUUACAUAUAAAUAAUGUGGUAUUAAGAUAUACAUUGUUUAAAACACGGUGAAUAUUGAUUUUAUUUUUAUUGCUCAAAAUUUGUUCUUUGUGGGUUUAAUUUUUAUGUCUGUUUUUUUUUUCUUUUGUUUUUAUGGCGUUUUCAAACUACGAAGGAUGUUAUACAUAUCAAAAGAUUUUAACAUGCCUUGUUAAGAUAUUAUUUAAAGAGGUUACUCAUUUUACUAAUAUUGCUCACAUCAAAAAGAAAAAAAAAACCAAAUUAGAUUGCCAAAGAGUAUUCAUUAGGGUUUGUUUAUUAGCUACCCCAUGACAUUUGCAUGCUGGCUGUAGAAAUAAAAUAGGAUCUCAUUUGACUAGUGUGGCCAUAAAGUUACCAGAAUCAUUAACUGAGAGUCAGAGAAGAGACUAUCAUUGGAUAUACUCAACUCUGUUCUCCUAGUCAAAAUAUGAUGAAAAAUCAGUAUUACCAUGAAAAAAAAAACUGUCAAAAUUUUGCAUCUCAUAGAGACACAAUAACACUAAAAAACUAUUAAUUCAUGAAUAGAAAAAUUUCCCUAUUCAGUUUGUUACCAAAUCAUAGAAAAAAAAUGUCCAUAUGGAUUUUAUAAAACAUAGUUUCAAGACUUUUUUUUUUUCAGUUCACUGCAAGAAAAUUGUACUCAUUGUCUGUCAUGUGACCAGAAGAUCAGUCAUGUGACUGUCACAUGAUCUUGUGUUAGUGUUGUGAUUUGGCUGUGUACAUUAUGAUAUGCCAAUAAACAGUUAAAUAAUGA